AUGAGCAGCACAAUCCAGAUCACGGCCACGCUGCCGGCGCUGCCAGAGGGCUGGAGCGCUGAGAAGGACUUCAAGGCUGUUGGCAAGCUGUCCGACGUUCCCAAGCGCAGCAUCGAGCCUGUUGGACCACAAUUCUUGGCUCAUGCCAGGAGACGCCGUCACAAGCGCACGUUCUCUGAGGACGAGAAGAUUGAGGCCAGCAAGCAGGUCGUGAAGGAGGCUGACCAGAAGGACGAUGACAUCGACGACGUUACCGAUCCUAUGCUUCUCCAGCGUGAGGCCAAGGACUGGAAGUCUCAGGACCACUAUGCUGUACUUGGUCUAGGCCGCUGGAGAUGGCGCGCAACAGAGGACCAGAUCCGCCGAGCCCACCGAAAGGCUGUCUUGCAGCAUCACCCCGACAAGAAGGCUGCAGCCGGCAAGGAAGAGAACGACCAGUUCUUCAAGUGCAUCGGCCGUGCUACCGAAGUCCUCUCCGACCCAGUCAAGCGCCGACAAUUCGACAGUGUUGACGAGGCUGCCGAUGUCGAGCCACCGACCAAGAAGGACGUACAAAAGAAGCCAGGAAACUUCUACAAGCUGUGGGGCAAGGUCUUUGAGUCCGAAGGUCGCUUCUCCAAGAAGCAGCCUGUGCCCAAGUUCGGCAACGACGACAGCACGAAAGAGCACGUCGAAGAGUUCUACAACUUCUUCUACAGCUUCGACUCAUGGCGAUCGUUCGAGUAUCUCGACGAGGAUGUUCCCGAUGACAACGAGAGCCGUGACCAGAAGCGUCACAUGGAGAGGAAGAACAACAACAACCGCAAGAAGCGCAAGAACGAGGAUGUUCAGCGUCUGCGCCAGUUGGUUGAUCAGGCUCUGGCACAGGAUGAGCGCAUCAAGAAGUUCAGACAAGAAGGUAACAAGGAGAAGAACAAGAAGCGUCUCGAAAAGGAGGCUGCAGAGAAGGCUGCCAAGGAGGAGGUAGAGCGCAAGAAGGCGGAAGAGGCCAAGGCAGCUGCUGAGAAGGAGGCUGCUGAUAAGGCUGCGAGGGAAGAGUCCAAGAAGGGCAAGGAGGCGGCCAAGAACGCAGCGAAGAAGAACAAGCGUGUCAUUCGUGGUGCUGCAAAGGAUGCCAACUACUUCACGGAUGGCGAGGCCAGCCCAGCACAGAUCGAUGGCGCGCUUAACGACACGGAUGCGCUCAUCCUCAAGCUCGACAACGAGGAGAUCGCUGCUCUGACUGCCAAGCUGCAGGGCAAGACUGACAAGGCAGAGAUCAAGAGCAUCUUCCAGGAGUAUGCAAAGGAGAAGGGUCUUGCAACCAAGACUCUUGCUUAG